AACAUCCAGAUACUCAUCCAUCACGAACACCAUCUCACAACUCCAACAGGCCUAAUUUCAACGCUAGAAAGCACAGUUCUUGUAUCUGGAGUAUUCAGCCGAAGAAAAAUACCCAACCGUGUCGAACGCUUUGCCAAAACAAUUCUGGUUACAAUCACAUUGCAUCAGUUGUGUAUCUUUGUAUCGUAGGAUAGAAAAGCUCGUUCCCUUGUAUACACUAUACUUGAAACAAUCAUGGAUGACGAAUUCGAUUUGUACGGCGAUGCCGACAUCUAUUCCACGACUGAAGUAAAGGAAGAGCCGCCAGCAUCGUCAUCUGCCGGACAACAAGCCAAAGAUGAAGAUUCCAAUAUGGGCCAAAGCGAAAACAGCUCAUCGAUAGCAGGCAAUAAGAGAAGUCGGGAUGAUGCACCACAAUCGGCUGCUCAAACAGGAGCAAAUUACUCAAACGGACAAUCAUCAGGAUCAUAUGCUCCUGCUCAAGCAAAUAAGCCUACAUCCUCUUACGCACCAGAUCAAGGAAGACAACAAAUGGAAGAUGUUACCGCUGCUGCUGAUCCGGCAGCUGCUCGAAUCGCUUUGGCAGGACGACCAAAAGUUACCGAUCCAAGCGUUCAAAAUGCACUUUAUGUUGGCGAAUUGGAUUGGUGGGUAAGCGACGAAGAUAUUCGAAAGAUUGCAAAUGAUAUUGGAAUUCCUAUUCGAUUGAACGAUAUCACAUUUAGUGAACAUAAAGUUAAUGGAAAAUCAAAAGGUGUUGCAUUUGUUGAAACGAUUAGCGAAGAUGAAUCAUACAAGCUCAAAAGUUGGUUUGAUCAAAAUGAUAUAAAUCAUAAACGGGCCACUGUUACCCUUACAACUUCUGCAAACGGAAAUCCGUUCAAAACGUUGCCCAAAGAUCCACCUCCACGCGAAGGAAGACCAAACCGUGGAGGAGGUAUGGGAGGUGGUGGUGGCUCAGGAGGAGGACGAGGUGGAAUGGCAAUGGGAGCACGCGAAAACAACAGAAGGGAUGGUGGAGGAGGCGGUCAAUCUGGCUUCCCGAUGGCAGGAGCACCUAUACGAAUGGGAGGCGGUAAUGGUGGUCAGAUGGGCAUGCCUGGCGGAAUGAUGAACCCAAUGAUGAUGGGUAUGAUGGGAGGCGGCGGAGGUGGAAAUGGAUUCAGAGGUGGUCGUGGAGGUGGAGGAUUCGGAAGAGGGCAAGGAAGACCUCCCAUGGGAAUGGGGCAUUUCAAUCCAAACUUCUUUGGCGGUGGCGGCAGAGGUGGUGGUAGCGGCGGCCAAGAUGAUCGUGAACGCAAGCGCUACAGAUCAGACGACAAUUAUUGAUCACCACGUCGUGUGUCUAGUAGAAAUUCCUGUCUUGAAUUGUGUACAAUAUAAAAUGCAAUAGUAACAUAUUAUUUUCGAUACACUCUCGG